AUGACGGGCGCCUCGCCUGAGUAUGCCAUAACAAAGCCUGGCAUGCCGCACCACCUGCUCCGGCAGCGCGACAAGCCGCUCCGGACGUACGGGAAAAGGUCCACGUCAACACCGGAAGCGCGUGGCGAACCUCGGGCCAAGAAACCAAGGCUCGGUCCGACACCCCCCGGCAAACGCGACGCGAACCCAGCUCCGGCCUUGGUCGUGCCGUCGGAGCAGUCGAAGGAAGAGCCGUGCCAGUGCCGAGAACGCCAACCGUCUCCCUUGCCGGGCAGCCGGGCCGCUGCGCGACCGUCGAUCCUGCAAUACUUCAAGCCUGUAACGGCGGUGCCCAAGGUGCAGCAAGUUCAACCCGACGGAAACAAAGAGCACGGCGGCAAUGGGCCCAGGGAUGGUUCGCCGCCGGUGCGUCAUGCGCGCGCCGCGCGAUCACGAACAGGACCACGAAUCCUCCGGAUCCGAGCCACCUCUGUCCUGUCUGAGCAAUCGUCGCGAGACGCCGCAGAUGGAGACGAAAUAGAGGGCAAUGCAUUGUCCGCUGGCAAGGGAAACCGUUUACGUGGGGAAGCCAUUCUGCAGAGCCAAGGAAGAAAGGACAGCCCAGCGCUUGGCGGGGCAAGCUUACCUGCCAGGUCACAUUCGAAGCACUCACCCGUCGUGCAGACUACCUUGAACAUCUCAUCUCGGGCGGCGUUUGCGGAGUGCAAGUUGUGUGACACGGUCUGGAACCCGCUGUAUCCUGACGAUGUAAAGUAUCACGAGAAACGACACAAGACUGUGGUGAGGGCAAGGGCAAGAAAGAUGGAUGAGUUAUAA